AGUUCCCUGGCUUCAAAAAAGAAGGCAGUCUUCCAGACCGCACUGCAUCAGCCUCACGCUCUGUGGCAGGUGCGGCUACCUGAGCUGUGCAGCGGUCUGUGCUAUAUUUACCCGCCGUCACGGGGCAUGCCAAGUCUAACACUAAUCCAUCCGAUCCAGGCAGACGAUGGACCAUGAGAAUACCCUGUUCCUAGUAAGCUAGUGUGAGUAUCUGAACGGCUAACGAUGGUCGGCCCACUGGGAACCACGGGCAUUCUACAUUCUAAGCAGCUUCCCUCUUUCAACCAUCCAAUUAUUUGCUACUCGCGAGGAAAUCAACCAUGGAUUUGGUGAAAUAGCAGGCUGUUGCACGUUGGUGGAUUCAGUCGACAUUACAAUUUGUAGGUUUCGCUGCUGCCAGUCCAUCAAGGAGACGUGGGCAAGGAAGAGGUGUUGCAGUUUGAUCCGGAACGAACCACCAUCGUCGUCGUCAUGGAUUAUCCAGGUCAUCGCCCUCGCACGGGCGGACCGGAUACUCGCGGCACCUCGAACGUCGCUCAAAUGGCCAAGCUGGCCCGCGCGAGAAAAGCCAGAGGCGGUUUGGUGUCUGCAAGCGCAUCUGCUCUCGGUGGCCGCAGUCCGCGUGGCACAGGACGAGCUGAGCUGCAGCACGAUAGCCAAGAAGGCACGUCAAGUAGUUCUUCCACACAGAGUCGCUUGUCCAAGCACACGACAGAUAGCCACAUCGACAGGGUAAGGAGCGCCGAGCGCCGCAGACGAGUGUCCUUCCCGCAGGUCGAGGAAGAUGACCAGUUGGAGAGCAGGGACAAUAGUGUCACUGAGGAUCCCUUUGAAUGGGGUACAGAACUUAGACCACCGAGCGACAGCAGUCGACGAGUAUCGUUUGAUAGCACUGUCAGUCGAGAAGCAGAUGAACAUGUUAUCAGUCCAAAUCGCAGUCGUAGGGUGUCGUUCGACAGCAAUGCACUGGCUGGAGGUAUGGAUGAUCAAGUCAGUGUUUUCGCGGACACUGCCGGAAUGGCAAAAGACGAGCACACAUCAACCAGUUCAGUUGCAAAUAGGGCACGAACACUCUCAGUUGACAGUAGCCGGGGACGGAGAUUAUCAGUUGACAGUGCUUUGCAGAGACCAAGGUCCAUUCUGAAGACGAGCGAUGUUUCAAUUCCCGAAGUCAUACAGACUGCCCUGUGUGAGGAGGAUUCGGAUGCUGAGACCGGCCAUCACAUUACCCAGCAUGGCGCAGAUUGCAAUUCCUCGAGCAGCGGCGCUCCAUCACAGCAUGAACAAACCUCUGCAUGGCAGGAACAGGGACGGCCAGCGUACUCGCGUUCUAACACGGCCGAAGAUCGAUACGGCCCGCCGCCGAAGCCGCUCAGUCGACUGCCGGUUGUUGCGAUUGACCGGCGGUUACCAGCACCUACGCUGCAACAACAAAUGAGAGGUACGCGUCGUCGAGCUACGGGCUCCACCAAGCAGAAAGGUGCCGGAAGUACGUGGCAGGUGGAAGACUUCGUCAUGCAACCAACGACAAUCGACUUCAAGCGUGUCUACUAUUCGCCGGAGCAGAGAGCAGUGAAAUCACGCCUGACGGAUGCACUUCACAGAUUGAGAUGCAGAGCCACUACGGACGGUGGGCCGGAUCAUACACCCUCGGCAUGUGUUGAAGAAGGUACCCCUACCACAGGCUCAUCAGAUGGCCAGUACAUCCUGAAGAACCUGACCUUCCGCAUCAAUCCAGGCAGUCUGGUGGCUGUGAUGGGCCCAUCCGGCAGUGGAAAGACGUCCCUGUUGGAUGUGAUUGCAAAGCGCUACACAGGGCAAGUCGAGGGUGCCGUGUUCUUCAACGGGACGCGGCGCACAAUGAAAGACGUGAAAGAGCAUGUCGGGUAUGUGCUGCAAAAUGACAGUUUGCUGCCGGCGCUGACUGUGAUGGAGACACUAGUGUUCAUGGGCAAGCUCAGCCUGCCACCAUCCAUUGCUGACAGCGAGCUACGCAAGAAGGCAAGUGACAUCAUCAAGGAGCUUGGUCUGAGCAAGGUGGCCAACUCACAAGUUGGUGACGGCGAGGCGAUCCGAGGACUGUCGGGCGGUGAGAGGCGGCGCGUCAGCAUUGGUGUACAGCUCCUGGUUGCUCCUGGUAUAAUCUUACUUGAUGAGCCUACAACUGGUCUGGAUUCUUUCAAUGCUAACCAAUUGCUGAGAACGCUGACUAAGCUAACACGCAAACAGCAUCUGAUCAUGGUUACUAUACAUCAGCCAAAGUCUGACCUUUUCCGGAUGUUCAAUGAUGUCAUCCUCAUGAACUCUGGUGAACUCAUCUGGGCAGGACCAUCACAGUCAAUGCUGAUGCAUUUUGAUCAGAUCGGCUUCCCCUGCCCGUCAGACGCUAACCCCCUGCAGUACUUUGUUACACUCAGCAGCGUCAGUAACAGGACUGAUGACGACCGGGAGGCAACAGAGGAGCGUGUGGUAACACUGAAGACGGCGUUCACGUCCAGUCAAUUCCACCGGAACGUGUGCGAGGAGAUCGGCUGGGAUGCCACGCCUCUGAAGCGCCUCCGUGAGCGACAGAUCUCAGGCCGUCUGGAUAUGGAAGACCCUUUUGACAGGCCAUCAAACAGCUCAAAGCUUUUGACGCUUACAAGGCGAGCACUAACCAACACGCUCCGAAGCCGCAGUGCCGUCUUCACACGCACCUUCCAGCUGCCACUACUGGCUCUCUAUCUGCUGCUCUUCUUUACAAGGCUCGGAAACGACCAGCAGUCAGUGCAGAAUCGCAAUGGGCUCAUACUGGAGACACUGGUAGAGGUCACGCUGGCAUCUGCUGUUGCAGCUAUUUCACUGUGUCCUCCGUUGAGGGAGCGCUAUCAUCGUGAGACAUACGAAGGAAUGUACGGCGCAGGGCUGUUUCUCCUGUCCUAUUUCCUGCACUCCAUACCGUUCAGCAUGGUCAGCAGCCUGCUCUGGACCAUUGUCAUGUACUUUGGAGCUGGCCUGCAACUGUCCGAUGGCUCUCCAUUCUUCAUCUAUUGGAUGGUUGUGUUUCUCUUACACUUGGUGGGAGAGUGUAUAGCGGUGCUCAUGUUGGGUAUGGUCUCCAGUAUACCGGUAGCCGACUCGGUCACCACAUUCUUCAUCAUGGUCGGCAUAGCGCUGGGAGGUGGUGUCUACAGAGUUUCAUCAUCCGUUCCACAGUGGCUGGAGAUCGUGUCCUACAUCAUCCCGUUCAAGUACAGCGGUGCGAUUAUGCAAGUGAACGAGAUGAAAGGCCUGGUUCUGACCUGCGACGCUCCAGCAAGCAACAUUACAGCCAGUAGCAGUGCUGUAGCUGCCGAUGUGCUGAACGAGACCACCAGCACCAUGGCCACCCUGAUUAGCAGCAGUAUGGCGUUGACCAAUGAGAGUGACGCGGCGCCGGCAUGCCAAUGGCCGAAUGGCGAUGCAGUUUUGAACGCAUCGCUACGGAACUGGCAGCUAUCACUGGGCAUCAACUUCGGUGCUUUGAUCGGACUGCUUUUCACCUACUAUGUCUUUGCGUUUGCAGUGUUCUCCUGCCGCAAGAAGGUAUUGCAUUGAUUGUCACAGCUAUCCUGCAGUGCACAUGCAGAAAUCCAGUUUACGGCGAAGUGCUGAACAUUGCUACGUGUACAAUGUAGUAAGACAUGUGCCGGGUCAUGAAGCCGGACACCUGACUGGAUAUAUUCACGAUUGACCGCGCAUAGAUUACGGUUUCAAACUCAGAGCCAUGUAUCACAUGAGACAUCUUUACUCCUGUACAGAUGCAUGACCAUGAUAAUUUAUUUCUUACUAUCUGCACAAAUCACAGUGAGUUCCAAUUUUGAGCAUGCUACAUGCACCCGAUGUGUUAUGGAUUCUUCAAAAUAGUUUUUACUGCUACAGUGCUGGCAACUGAAAUCCGACCCCCUGGGCGGCACACCGCGCCGCCCAGGGGGCCGGAUUUCAGUUGCCAGCACUGUAGAUAAAACAUGCAUGUACCGCCAUUAUUAGUGUCCUCUGAUUUUCAAAAUGUACAAUGGUCUGAUAUAUGGAUUUUUCCAUUCAUGCAUACUCAUCUGUCCCACAGCGUCAGGACCUGACAGCAUUCGCUCCGAGUGCCGUUGGGAGUACAUCUCCAUUCAGUUGCA